AUGCAGAUGUCCCACAGGCCUGUGCAGUGGCUCGCUGUCAUGUUUCUUGUCGUCUUUACAACCACCCAGUGUCAAGAGAACGAGAGUCGCAGAGCUGUGAGCGAACACCAGCUGAUGCAUGACCGCGGCCGAAGCAUCCAGAGUCUCAAAAGACUCAUCUGGCUGUCCAGUGCCAUCGAGGGUCUCCACACUGCCCAGACACGUUCUGCUGCUUUCAAUCCCACAAAAGCCCUGGACCUGGCUCUGAGUCCGGCUCUGGUCCCUGCUGCUGGGAGCUCCCAGCCCACACGGGCACAGAGCCUCCUGAGAGACUUCUUUAAUCCAUAUCUGACUCAACUGCCCGACAGAGAGCCCUAA